AGUUGACGUGUUGCCUGUUGUUUGGCAAAAGCUUCUGAAACAAACAAACUGCUUGCAUCCUCGACCACCACCGACCAGUAAUAGCAGCUCUCAUGGGUCUCAAGCGGCCUGCAGAGGAUGAUCCUUCAUCUGCUGGAAAAGUGGCUAGAGCCAAAAUAGAAAGCAGCGGUACUCUUGCGUUUCCAAGCCAUUCACAUCCAGCUUCACAUCCACCCGCGUUUCAGCGUCCCAGUCAGCUUCUCACAUUUUCGUAUUCACCCUCUCGUGUUCUUCAAUUUGAUGAUUCUGCAUUGCGCUAUUUCGUCGAUCCACCACGUGGUGCAGAUCUCAAUCAUGGUUACGCCAACUGGAUACGGCGCCCGGAAGAACGUGGACGCAUUGAUGGUUUAUUGAGCGCAUGGUCACGGUUCAAGAAAAGUAUUCAAGGGCAGAAUCCGGAUAUUGGAGUCAUAAGCUGGAGAGGGGUUAUGACCAAAAUAUUGACGGCACCUUACGAAGAGAGCGUUGGUUGGGAACUCAACGUGAUGUGUGUCGAUGGUACUAUGUACUUUGAGGAGCAUCUCUCAGAUGCAAAGCUAAAGGAAAAGAAUGACAUGACACCUCGGCAUCGACUUCAGUCUUACUAUGGAUAUUCAUUUGAAUCGUAUUGCACCUCACCAACUCCCAGUGGACAUGAACACCGCGCCUCUGGUUCCUCGAGCGCUGCUGGUUGGGGCGACGAUGUUGAUACCAAUGUACAGUGGUGUAGUGUUGUUAAAACAAAGUUAGGUGACACACGGAUCAUCAUUGGUGGAGAAGUAGACUGCAUUCGAGGAAAAUAUGCCGGCAAUACUGACAACUUCGUGGAACUUAAAACUUCACUAUCAAUUCGUGGCGCGGAAGACGAAGCUAAGUUUGAAAAGAAGCUUUUGAAAUUCUACUUUCAGUCAUUUCUGCUCGGAGUUCCGGAGGUUUUUGUUGGAUUUAGGAAGCCAUCAGGAUAUUUGACGACUACGCAAGUCUUCCAGACCGUUCAGAUACCUCGCCUGGUUCGAGGCAAGCCUGGUGCCUGGAAUCCCAAUGUGUGUCUAGCAUGGGGAGACCAAUUUCUAUCUUUCCUCAAGAACACCAUCAGAGGAGGCUCGAAGGGUGAUGUCUGGCGUAUCAAAUUCAUGCCAAAGACAGGGGUCUCUGCUGCUUUGCUAGACGACGUGGACGUCAAGGAUGUCGAAGGAGGGGAAGAUCGCGUGGGAUUACUUCCGCGAUGGUAUUGGGAAGCGGUGGUGAAAGACUCCGCAGUUACAGCCCAAACAAGGAGUGAAGGAGCGUCGUCCAAGGUAGGAACUGUCUUAGUGCCUUCUGGAUGGAAGAUAUGAACCAAUAUGGGCGUUCAUAUGCUCACCUGAUCGAAAGUCAUAACUGCCAGCUAGGCUAUGUACAGCUAUUCCUGCCCCGCGUGAAAUCCGGUUAUCUUGGCAUCAAGAGACUAUAUCUUGUGACCUCAUUUACAUGUCAUGGAGGUCACCGAUCCCCAUCGAUCAAACAUGGACCAUCAGUUUGUCCUAUUGCCUGCCAGAAAUGCACUACACGCUCCUGACUAACGUAAUGGAAAGUGUAGAUAACUCGAGGUUCUUUUCUCAUCAACGUUGAAUUUCGUGAAGAACAUUUCUGUGAAUUUUG